UGCGGCAAAUGGGAAAUGAGUCAACAAUCUCAGUUCCUCUUGCUUCCCAACAGUGGGGCAGGAUAUAAAAAGAGCACUGAAAGCCAAACAGUUUAUAACUCUAAACUCAAAGAAGACAGAGAAGAGGCUGUUGGCUACUUUAUUUUACAGAUACACCGAAGGACUCAAGACAUGGAAGUUACUAAGAGCAGUCGCAGAGAUGACACCAAAAUCACUGACAGUGACCUGUCAGAGCAGAUCAAGGCAGUGACCAAAGACAGCCAUGUUAGGGCGGAGAACACACAGCUGAUGUUGAACUACCAGAAAGGAGAGAUCACACUCAGCCAGUAUAAGCUCCUACUCUGCUCCUUGUAUGAGGUCUAUCGUGCACUGGAGGAUGAGCUGGACAGGAGUGCUUCACAUCCGAGUGUGGUCCCCAUAUACUUUCCCCAGGAGCUGGCCCGAGUGGAGACCCUGGAGGAAGACCUGGAGCACUUCCUUGGUCCUCACUGGCGCAAAAGAAUCACUGUGCCUGCUGCAACACAAAGAUAUGUCCAGAGGCUCAGAGAGAUUGGAAAACAGAAUCCAAGACUCCUGGUGGCUCAUGCAUACACCCGUUACCUGGGCGACCUGUCUGGGGGUCAGGUCCUGGGUCGCAUCACCCAGAAGUCUCUGGGGCUAAGCAGUAAGGAAGGGCUGUCCUUCUUCUCCUUCCCGGGCGUACCGAGCCCUAACCGCUUCAAGCAGCUCUACCGCAGCCGCAUGAACAGCAUCGACCUGACCAAAGAGGAGCGCAAGGAGCUGCUGGAUGAAGCCGUCGCGGCCUUUGAGGCCAACAUCGAGAUGUUUGAUGACCUUCAGAAAAUAUUGAGUCUCACUGAGGACACAGAUGUGUUGAAAAAGGAUGAGACUACAGCCACCAAUCAGAAGACCAUCCUAUAUCAGUACCAUCCUAUAUUUCAGUUCACCGUGGGUGUAUGUGUCGCCUUGGCAACAGUUGGCAUGGGGAUAUAUGCCUUUUAAUUUUUUGUGUAUCCGCAAGUUUCUGUACUGGCCGUACUUUAGUUAUUUCUUGCACGUUUUCAAGAUGAGAUAAAAUACUUUUACUUUGGCAUUAACUAAAUUGCACAUAUUGACCGCUGCUAACCUCUAUUGCUGGUGUCUGAAGUGUGCAUACAUUACCUGUAAAAAUGGAACUGUAAAUAAACUUGUAAAUUCUAAA